GGGACCAUGUAUUGGUAUAAUUCACUCCAGUUUUCGUCCAUGUUAUAUUUGAAAAAAUAGCAUUUAAAUGUUUAAGUUUUUCUAUUUUCUAAAGAACUUCUAAAAGAACAAGGGAGCAAAGAUGAUGGGUAAGCAAUAGCAACACCGCAUGGCGUACUAUAUGUGGUGUCGCUAGUUUGAAUGAUAGGUGGUGUCACACAAAGAGUCAGGCACGAGCGAGAUUACUCCGUUUCUCUUUUUUUUUGCCUUCGCUAAUCUCGGUGGACAAAAGCAGCAGCUACGACGCGGAUGACUCAAAAUUACCCUUACGCUCCUAAUUCACAAUUUCCGGCACCUAACGGAGGUCCACCACUGCCACCUCCUGCACGAGGGCAGCCGCCCAUGGCUUAUAACCAACAAUACCAGCAACAGCAACAAGCUGUUCCACAGCGACCUCCGUCAUCAUCAGCAAACACAUUGUCGCCACCGUCUACUCCGCAUCUUCAUCAAAGCCGACCUGUUUCACCUUCCUCAGAUCACAAUGCACCGGCAAGCGCUGGUCGACGCAUAAAGCGCCAUUACCCAACUUAUGUCACAGCGGACCAGUCCUUGGCAGCACAACCUGCACCCCCACAGCAGUUUUCUCCAAUGCAAGGAGGAAUUCAACCCGCAACCAUACCCAAUCCCGCGUACCCGACAACAAUGACAUCCACUCCUCCUCCUCUUCAACAACAACAGCCAAAUAGUAAUAAUAAUUAUGCAAACAGUUUAGCCAAUGGUAUGGCCAAUAUGAACUUGUACGGACAAACUCAACAACCUAUGCCGCGAGACGAUAUUCCUUUGGUUGGGCAAGUACCACUUGUUGACGACCUGGAUUUGACACCACCGACACCGCAAGUUGGUCAAAACAUUUCUGUCACGCCAUCAUCAAACGCCCAGACUCCUUCGAUCUUUAAGCGCUCUACAUUGAACGCGGCACCUGCCUCGAACGCACUUCUCAAGAAAUCCAAAAUACCAUUUGCUCUCUUGCUUGAACCUUAUCCUUCUGGUACGGAAGUACCAGUUGUCACGGAUACAGUUGUCGCUCGAUGCACCCGCUGUAAAAGCUACAUCAACCCUUUUGUUCGUUUUAAUCAAGGCGCAUUAAAGUGGCAAUGCAAUAUCUGUGGUUUAGAAAAUGAUGUUCCUACUUCUUUCGAUUGGGAUGCUAUUAGCCAACAGCAAGUUGAUCGUUGGAGUCGACCAGAACUCAACUAUGGCUGCGUUGAUUUUAUUGCUUCAGCAGACUACAUGGUACGCCCUCCUCAACCUCCAGCCUACGUUUUCAUUAUCGACACAUCCUAUCAGGCGAUUCAAACGGGUAUGGUAGGCAUUGUCUCCAACUCGAUUUUGAAGUCACUUGACAACAUACCAAAUGAGGAUGGAAGGACAAAAAUUGCUUUGAUUACCGUGGACAAUGCAGUUGGAUUCUACAAGUUGGCAGGAGAUGAGCCGGAGAUGUUGGUCGUUGGCGAUUUGAGUGACGUUUAUUUACCACGAGCCGCAAGUGAUUUAUUGGUGGACCUCGCAGAUGCAAAGUCGAUUAUUGGGGACUUGCUAGAAAGGACAAAGACCAUGCAUGAUGGAUCACAAAUGGUCAAUAACUGCUUGGGAACAGCAUUACAAGCCGCGCGCAAGCUACUGUCCUCAACAGGCGGAAAAAUUGUAUGCUUCCAGGGAAACUUACCAAAUGUUGGCGACGGUGCUGUCAAACCCCAUGAAGAAAAGAAGGCUAUCGUCGAAACAACGCUAAUGACUCCUUCGAGCAGCUUUUACCGAACAUUUGCAACUGAAUGUGCCAAAUCCCAAGUGUGUGCUGAUAUGUUUAUAUUUGGUGGUGCAUUUGCUGAUGUUGCUACGUUGAAUGUUAUUCCACGAUUCACCGGUGGCCAAACACAUUUCUAUCCAAGAUUUAACGCAAACAACAACGCUGACGCAGUUAAACUGGAACACGAAAUUGAGAAAUUGCUCGCUGAGAAAAUCGGCCUUGAAGCGGUGAUGCGGACGCGUUGCUCUGCUGGUAUGGUUUGCAAAGCAUUCCACGGCAAUUGUACGACACGAGUACCCGAUAUUAUGGCCUUGCCCAAUGUUCCCCGAGAUCAGUCUUACUGUGUUGAAAUUGGUCUGGAGGAAGAUAUUCAGGGCUCGCAUGUCUACUUCCAGACUGCUUUACUGUAUACUACUUGUUCUGGCGAGCGCCGCAUUCGUGUUAUCAACUUGUGCCUACCUGUCGCUAGAACGUUGCCUGAACUGUUCUCAUCAGCAGAUCAAACAGCGAUUGCGCGCACAAUUUGUCACCAGGCAAUCGAUAAGGCGGUCACUUACAAGUUACGAGAUGCGCGAGAUCUUUUGGCAAAGGAGAUUAUCGAUAUUUGCACAGCGUAUGGAAAGGAAGUCAUUGGCUCUGUAGCUACCGGUGCUGCACGUCUUUCUGUAGGCCGCAACCUUUCCAUGCUACCAUUCCUUAUAUUGUGCUUACUCAAAACGGAAACGUUCAAUGAUUCAGGCAGUAUUCCCGCUGAUAUCCGUGCACGAGCCACCGUCUUACUGCGAACGCUGCCAGCAGAAUUAUGGCUAGAAUUCAUAGCACCAAAAUUCUAUUGUCUUCAUAGCAUGCCACAAAGUGCGGGCAUGGUUGACCCGAAUACCAAGAAAUUUGUAAUGCCUCCUAGACUAAACCUAUCGAGCGAGAAACUAGAACGACAUGGAUGCUAUCUGCUGGAAGACGGACAAAGCAUCUACAUUUGGGUUGGCAAGGAAGCAGUCUCGCCGUUGUGCAUGGACUUUUUGAACGUGCCUAAUGUCACAAUGAUUCAAUCUGGACAGGUUGCGGAUCUACCAAAGUUAAACAAUCCGUUUUCACAGCGAGUGACAGCAAUUGUUGACCACAUACGGAAUGAACGGAGAAGCACCUAUUAUCCUUCGUUAUACUUUGUCAAGGAGGACGGGGAUCCACUUUUGCGAGCCAUGUUUUUGAGUCGUUUGGUUGAAGAUCGGAAUGUCAGCGGACCUGCUAUUGCUGGUGCAAACCAACAGCAAGUCAACUCGGGCAUGAGCUAUUUCCAAUGGCUUGGAUUUGUGCGAUCAAAGUGCCAAUAAUGCAAAAGCAAACAUCUAUCUUUUACCUACUUUAAUGAUAAUAAAUUCGAUGAUAAAUAGACAGAAG